AUGUCCGUCCAUUCUGGCGUUCGAGUCAUCCCGCCUGGUCCACCAAGUCCUAUACCCCGAUCGAGAGGAUAUAACAACCUGCAGAGUGUUGCUGGACCGUCCAAUCUCCGAUCCCAAACGUCGUCGAAUCCGAACUCUCCAGCCACUUCCAGCCGACCGCCUGUGACAUCUCCUCUUACGCCAUCUAGGAAAGGCAAAGAGGUAGCUGCUACACCUAGCGGCAGCUCCAUAUCGACCCCUGCGACUUCGAGUCAGCUCAAAAAGGCUCAUGAAGUGGAGGCAAAUGGCUAUUUGUGUCCGGAUGACGUUGAUCUGACAUGGCCAACGAGAGUUGCGAAUGCGAAACGUGCAGGAGCCGGACUAUACAAUCCGUCAAUGGCAUGCUAUGCGAAUUCGACGUUGCAAGUGGUCAUGCAUACACCGCCCGUGCUGCGGAUGGUGGAGGAUCACGCAACGCAAGUCGAGAAUAGUACCUGUCUGCAAGCUAGGAAAGGCUUCUGUUCCGUUUGCGCACUUUACAGUAUGAGCCGGAUACAUUGGCAAGAGUCGAGAUACGCACCAAAAUCGAUUCACUCCAAUCUCAGUCAUAUUAAGAAGGGGUUCAGCAAGAACAGGCAGGAAGACGCACACGAAUUCUUUCGCUUUCUCACAGACAGUCUUCAAGCUACAGCCUUGGCAGGUUAUCCGAAGACCUUGCCAGAGAAGAUUAAACAUACUACUUGGGUCUACCGAAUCUGGGGAGGAAUCGUCCGAUCUCGUGUCGUGUGUUCGAGGUGCAAGAAGCCAUCCGACACCUUUGAUCAUUUCCUAGACCUCAGUCUGGACGUGAAUAAGGGAGGAUCAGCGAAACUGCAAUCAAUGCUUCAAGGAUUCGUCCGUGAAGAACGCUUGGAAGGCGAUAACAAAUACAAGUGCGACAGCUGUAAAAGCAAAGCCAAUGCUGUCAAGUUUUUCAAGAUCGCUCAGACCCCUCCGAUCCUCACUUUCCAUUUGAAACGCUUCAGCGUUUCUUAUGGACACCGUGGGCAGCCUCACGCAAACAGAUAUAACGGCUACAUUGCUUUCCCUGAGCAUCUCGACAUGACUCCUUAUAUGGUCGAUGCAGAUUCCGGACGAAAUCGAUAUCGCCUUUUCGCAGUGACUUGUCACCAUGGCAAUGAACUCAGAUUCGGUCACUAUACGUCCUACGUCAAGUCCCCGAAUGGGAAAUGGUACCAUGCAGACGAUGAGGACAUGAGCCCUUGCGCAGUCGACGACGUCCUACGUGAUCGCAAUGCGUACUUGUUGAGCUAUAUUCGCGUGACGGACGACUCGAGCUGGACCGAACGAGCUCCAAGUCAGAGUCCAAUGACAUUGACCAAUGGAUACUGUGAAAAUGGGCAAGAUAGAACGCCUUUGGAGAGCAAAGUUCUAGUGCAGCCCAGCUCGUCGAACAGUGCGGCGCGGAAUAUGUCCCCUUUGCACCGAAAGAGGGAUAGAUCGCCCAGCUUCCACAAGAAUACGCCAUCUCCAGCUGCUAAGCGUCAUUUUCCGCCGAAUAAUCAUCCCAAGGUCAUCCCAUCGGCUCUUCGGCCUGUAGCUCAUCAGCCUCGUUCGCCGUCCGAGGAACCACCAGCAUUGCCCUCCUCCCAAGUCGACGAGCAAGCGGAGGAAGAUGGAAACGCAAAAAGCAUUUUCGCUUAUCAGCCCGUUCGGAAUAGGGAGAGCAAGUCGUGGGCACAAAUGCAGGGGUCUACCCCAUCAGCUCGGCACAAAGGAUCCCAUAAGGCUAAGAAUCACGACAAGAAGCGCCGUGGCGCACCGAAACCAUUUUUCCCCUCCAGUCUAGGCGGAAAAGGAAGAAGGUGA